AUGAAUUUCUCCAGAACUGUUGCAAGCAUUGAUGGUUCACGCUGUUCUAUCAUCAUUCUCUCAGAAAACUAUGCUUCUUCGACUUGGUGUCUGGAUGAAAUUGUCAAGAUUCUUGAAUGCAUAGAGGCCUAUAAACAAAUUGUUCUGCCAAUUUUCUACCAGGUGGAUCCAUCACGUGUAAGGAAGCAGAUUGGAAGUACUGGAAAAGCAUUCCAAAGACAUGAAAAAGUUUCUAGCCAUGACUUAGAAAAGAUGCAAAGUUGGAGGGAUGCAUUAAAAGAAGUUGGCAAUCUUGCGGGAUGGUAUUUGCAUGAUAGGAACAGUGAUCAUGUUUGGCUAUUUUACUUACCUCGUGAUAUGUACCUCCAUUCAUAUUGGCAGAGCAAUUGCACUUCAAUUGAGUUUACUUUAGAUUUCAAUGACAGCGCUUUUCAUGUCUUCAUAGACAAUGGAUUUGAAUGCAGCGUUCCUUUGGUAUAUGAGCAAGAAGAUUUGACACUGCACAAUGAGGAUGAGGAUCUGGAUAUCCCACCUAAGUUGAUCUGGGUAGAUGAAAGUGAGGAUUUGAACUUGCACAAUGAAGAUGGGAUAUCUUAUCCGAUUUGUUCUCAACAGAUGAAGAUAAAGAUUCGAAUAAAUUUAAAUGGUCACUUAUCUUGA